AUGCCCAUUUUUCUACCCGAUAUAUCGACUAUCGACUUAAAUAAAAAAGCAUCAGAGUUUUGGACUAAGUGGAAUUUUCCAAAUUGCGUUCUGGCGAUAGAUGGAAAGCACGUUCGAGUUAGAUGUCCAGAAAAAACAGGAUCGCUUUUUUUUAAUUAUAAAGAUUACUUCUCUAUUGUAAUGUUAGCAAUGGUCGACGCCAAUUAUAAAUGUAUUUCCAUUGAUGUUGGUUCAUUUGGCAGAGAAGGAGACAGUGGCAUAUUUUUAAAAUCUGGUGUGGGUCAACAGAUACUGAAUGGAUCAUUUGGUUUUCCAGAAAAAAAAACAAUUAUCUGGAUCUGA